GUGAGUGUGAGUGUGAGGGAGGGGGGUGUGGCCUGCACUUCCACCGGCUUUACCGCACUCACGCACAAUGAGACAACGAGUCGGUGAUGUAGGACACCACGUUGGGGCUUAAGGGACACAGGCACGCGCUGGUGGUACCGAGUUUCCUGCGUUUUCUUUUUAACAAGUUGGAUGUGAAUUUUUUUCAUUCGGAUCGCGUUCAUAUGGACCGCGUUUAAGGUCCAGAGUAGUUUUUUUUUGUUUUGUUUUGUUUUUUUAUAUAUAGGAACCGGGGUGGGAACCGAGACCUCGUCCGCGCGCGCGCCCCUUGCGCUUUGUUGUUUCGGCGUGGAAAUACGAUACGCGCGAGACCAUGUCUGCGUUCGCCGACUCCGAUUAUCUCGCCGCCGAGUGUCUGGUGUCGAUCUCGAGCGGUCCCGUGCUUCACCGGACCAGGGCCCUGGCUCACGGCGAGGCGGACGGCUCGAGCGAGGACAGGGAGGUGCGCGAGACCCUAAGGCUCGAGGGCGCGGGCGAGGAGGCCGACGUAGUCCUCGCGGACACGCACGCGGCGUUCCGGCCCAUGUCCGCCCACUCAGAGAGCAGCAGCAGCUCGUCGUCGAGCUCGUGCGGUGAGAGCGGCUAUGCCACCCUGUGCGACUCGGGCACCGCGACCCCGACCAUGACCCCCACCGGUACCCCGGUUCCGGGACAGACAAACCGCAACGCCCCCCAGCAGAUGUGGGUAGAAGCAGCAGGAGGAGGAGGAGGAGGAGGAGGAGGAGCCCCGCGCUCUCCCUCUAAACGCCACCCUUGCACUUUCGACGGAUGUGACCGAGUGUACGGCAAAUCAUCGCACCUGAAGGCGCACAUCAGGACGCACACAGGUGAGAGGCCGUUCCCUUGCACCUGGGCCAACUGCGAGAAGAAAUUUGCUCGCUCGGACGAGCUGGCCCGGCACUUGCGUACUCACACUGGUGAGAAGCGCUUCCAGUGCCCGCUUUGUGCCAAACGAUUCAUGCGCAGUGACCACCUGAUCAAGCAUGCACGCCGCCACCCCGACUUCCACCCAUCCAUGAUCGGACGCCGGGGCCACGGCUCGCCCCAGGGUCAAGGGUCAUCUAUCAGUGCACAGUCGCAGUAAACCAGCAGCAUCCAUUUCGCAAACCAAACCCAGUCAAACACUUUUUUUACACAUAAGCCACCUGUCUGAGCGCCAAGUUUUCACUUCCUUCAAAUCCCGUCGCCUCGUCUUCCUUCAAAGUCCGGUUGUGAGGUUGAUUUGCCUCAACGCCAGAAUCCUGGUGCAAUUGUAUCAUCCAACACGUGAUGCCAAGUCUGCUGCAAGAAUUCCGUGUAUCGUAGAGCCAUUUAGCUCUCCAAGCUUCUCUCUUGCCACAAGCACAACAUGCUAUUCCUUCCAGACAGCGAAGCUAUUUCGGGUUAACAAGAUGGCCGCCCACAACGCAGCACAAUCCUCGCUCUCAGAUUCUUCCGUUGUUUCUGAAAGUCUUAGCCUUAGUUACAUCACUUCUCAGUCAUUUUUGAGAUGUCCUUUUCUCUUUUCUGGUUUAUGGGUGUGGAUGUUAGGCCCCCCCUAUUAAACAGACACUGUUUGAAA